GGAGGUUAGCGAAUGCCAGACAGUUCACUGGAUGGUGGUGCCUGUUCCUCUCUUCUCUUCCAAAAUCGACACGUUUCUCACUCACCAAAGAACAUUUUUCCCCUUCUUUCCUUCCUUUCUUCAAAAUCGCUGCAACGAAGCCGCAUCAAGACACCCUGCCCGUCCGCAAACCAGAUCGAGCACCAGCAGCGCGUGAGCCGACCCAAGCAGUCCCUGUAAGCGUGCAGAGAUGCCAGAUGCUGCUGCUCACCUGCCCUUUUACUACGGCAGCAUUGCCAGGUCAGAAGCGGAGGAGUACCUGAAGCUGGCGGGCAUGUCGGAUGGCCUGUUCCUGCUGCGGCAAUGCCUGCGCAGCCUGGGGGGGUACGUCCUCUCCAUGGUCUGCAACCUGCAGUUUUACCAUUACGCCAUCGAGCGCCAGAUGAACGGUACCUACGCCAUUGCGGGGGGCAAAGCACACUGUGGGCCGGAGGAGCUCUGCGAGUUUUACUCCAAGGAUGCCGACGGGCUCUGCUGCACCCUCCGCAAGCCCUGCAACCGCCCCAGUGGUGUGGAGCCCCAGCCCGGCGUCUUCGACAGCAUGAGGGACAAUAUGGUGCGCGAAUAUGUCCGGCAGACGUGGAAACUAGAGGGUGAUGCACUGGAACAGGCCAUCAUAAGCCAGGCUCCGCAGGUGGAGAAGCUCAUUGCCACCACGGCCCACGAGAGGAUGCCCUGGUACCAUGGCAGCAUCGCCCGGGAUGAAGCUGAACGGAGGCUCUACUCAGGGGCACAACCUGAUGGGAAAUUCCUGCUGAGAGAAAGGAAGGAGAAUGGUACCUACGCCCUCUCCCUCGUCUACGGCAAAACAGUGUAUCACUAUCGGAUAGAUCAGGACAAGUCCGGCAAGUACUCCAUCCCCGAGGGGACCAAGUUCGACACGCUCUGGCAGUUGGUGGAGUACCUAAAACUCAAACCGGAUGGGCUGAUUUUCUACCUGAGGGAAACCUGCCCCAACCCCAACAUGCCAGCGUCUGCAGCACCGGUUCCACCAACCCACCCCUCCGUGAGUAGAAACCUUGGGCCUCUCAAUGCAGAUGGAUACACACCAGAGCCUGUAGGUGCAGGAAAGUCGCGCCUGCUGCCCAUGGACACCAGUGUCUACGAGAGCCCAUACAGUGACCCUGAGGAACUGAAGGAUAAGAAGCUUUUCCUGAAGAGGGACCACCUGAUGAUUGAUGAAAUGGAACUGGGGGCAGGAAACUUUGGCUGCGUCAAGAAAGGAGUCUACAAAAUGAGAAAGAAGCAGAUUGAUGUGGCCAUAAAGGUGCUGAAGAGCAACAACGAGAGAACAGUGAAGGACGAAAUGAUGAAGGAAGCCCAGAUCAUGCAUCAGCUGGACAACCCCUACAUAGUCCGCAUGAUUGGGGUCUGUGAGGCCGAGUCCCUGAUGCUCGUGAUGGAGAUGGCUUCUGGAGGGCCCCUCAACAAAUUCUUGGCUUCCAAGAAAGACGAGAUUACAGUCAGCAAUAUUGUGGAGCUCAUGCACCAAGUAUCCAUGGGGAUGAAGUACUUGGAGGAAAAAAACUUUGUCCACAGGGACCUGGCAGCCAGAAAUGUCCUGUUGGUCAACCAGCAUUAUGCCAAGAUCAGUGACUUUGGACUCUCCAAGGCUCUUGGAGCUGAUGACAGCUACUACAAGGCCAGGACAGCGGGGAAGUGGCCCUUGAAAUGGUAUGCCCCCGAGUGCAUCCUCUAUCACAAGUUCUCCAGCAAGAGUGAUGUAUGGAGCUACGGCGUGACCAUGUGGGAGGCCUUCAGCUACGGGCAGAAACCGUACAAGAAAAUGAAAGGCCCAGAGGUCAUCAGCUUCAUAGAGCAAGGGAAGCGCAUGGACUGCCCCACGGAUUGCCCGGCAGAGAUGUACGCCCUCAUGCAGCAAUGCUGGACCUACAGAUGGGAAGAGCGUCCAGGAUUUUCUUCUGUGGAAACCAUAAUCCGCUCCUACUACUACAGUAUUGCUACCAAGACAGAAAACGGGCCAGAGACAGAGGACAAGUCAAAAGCAACUCUUCCCUGAGUUUCCUUCUCUGCUCCUGAACACACACCCUUCCUGCACGGGACCUGGAAAGACUGUGAAUUUUUGUUUUAAUCUCUUAUACACUGGUUUUAUUUCUCAAGCAGUUCCAAAGGGCACUCAGCUGUGUCUCCAAAGAGACAUCCAUGAUUUACAUCUCCAGCCUGACCCGGCACAGGACAGUACAGACAGUGUUAUAGUUCCUUCUUACCCACUUCCAAAGCUAUCCCAGGACCUCAGAGCUUAAGGUCUACCAGGCUCACUAAGGAUGAACUGUGUUGGCUCCAGCAGACAUGGAUUUUUCCAGAUCCCUUAAAAAACGAUUAUUUCACAGGAAACCAUCAAGUACACGUUUCUGGGGGGAUUUGCAUGGGGUGUGACACAGGAGUCGGAGCCAUCAAGUCCCCUUCCCCUUGGCUUAGGGCAAGAAGCAGCGGGUGUGCUGCUCGCUCCCAGCAGAGCCGGGGAGGAGCAGGCGGGCAGAUCUGCACGGUGCCACCGCUUUGUCCUCCACGCACCCUGGCCCCGGGACACUGCCACGUGUCUAUUCAGCACAGAGCCUGGGGUACACCCCCUGCCCUGCACUGCCACAGCCCUCCAAGCUGGUUAUGGCUCCUGAAACAACUAACCUCCCAGGACCCAUUGCUCACCUCCUGGAUCCCAUCUGGCCCCUCUGUGCUACUGAAAUGAGCAUUUUGCUUUCCAGGCCUGAAAAUUGGUCACCCUGUAAAUAAACUAUUCUAUAUUUUUUAACAUACCUAUGGC